UCGCAUGGGGAAACUCACCGAUCAACGCAAGCGGGAGCUGUGGGGGCAGUUUCUCAAUGUGAAUGACAAGGUCUUCAAGGAUCGAAAGAAGCUUGGUCUCAAAUUUGAUGGGUCAAUCAGCACAAACGGGUAUUCCGCUACCAUCCACUUCAAGAAGCCAGGGCUCAAGUAUGGGCAUCGGGCCCGGAAGCGCAGCAAAGCCCAAAUGCAGGAAGAAGUCAAGCAGCUGUAUUUUGAGCACCACAUCGCCGAACUACGGGAGGCUCCAAACAUCGUCUGCAUUGAACCGGGCAAGCGUGACCUCUUGUUCUGUCGAGCCAUCAAGAAGGAGCGGCCAUUUCGAUACACAUCCAAUCAACGGGCGGUCGAGACAAAGUCGCGGUACUUUCAAAGAGACAUGAGAGAGCGAAAGAUCAAUGCUGGCAUCGCCGAGAUGGAAUCACAUAUUCCGUCGCACAAGAGCAUGAAGAUCGAGGCGUUCUCAGCGUUCAUUGUGGAUCACAUACAUGCAGAUCCCGCCCUGGAUGAGUUUUACCGGGAUGAGAUUCAUGUCGCUCGCAGAUUCAAGGCUUUCUCACUGCGGCAAAAGUCUGAGAGCAAGCUCAUCAAGAACAUGCGACGCCGGUAUGGAAAGCAUUUUUCGGUCGUCUUGGGUGAUUGGAGCGAUGCUGGGAAAACAAUGCGC